AUGGCUACAGAAUCCAAUCUGUCAAUAACUAGUGAUGAAUUAAGAGAUAAAGCAAGUAAUGUUAAUCAAGACGAGACUCACGUGAGUAAUAUCGAACCUUUUUUUGGACAUCAAGAACCAGAAUUGAUAAAUACAAGAAAUGAAUUGGGUAAUUUUACAACAGCAAAAGAAACUGAUGCUGAGUUAAGUAGAAUAGAGACAGACGUUGCAUUAUCAAGAAUAGCUUCAAGAAGAACUUUAGAUUAUGAUGAAUUAAUUAAGACUGCAAGUCAAAUGUCAAAACCUUUACCUCCAAUGGGAAACGGUAGACCAUAUCCAAAACAUCCAGGUAGUAGAGAACCUUAUUGUGUUCAAUAUGAUGGUGGUAUCAAAGAUCCUGAUCAUCCUUUUAACUUUCCAUUUUGGAAAAAGUUUGUUUAUACUGCGUCUGUUGGAAUGUCAGCUUUUUCAUGCUCAGUUGGUAGCGCAAUGUUCGCUCAAGCUUCUCAGGAUUUGAUGUCAAUAUAUAAAAUUGGGUUUACGGUUGCAACGUUGAGUACAUCUCUCUAUGUAUUUGGUUUUGCUACAGGGCCCGUGAUAUAUGGUCCGUUAUCAGAGUUAUUUGGUCGAAAAAUGGUCAUGAUUCCAAGUUGUUUAUGUUAUGUUGCAUUUUCGUUUGCUACAGCUGUCUCAAAAGAUCUUCAAUCAAUUAUGUUGUGUAGAUUUUUUGCUGGUUUCACUGGAAGUGCUUCUUUAGUUGUUGCACCUGCUUCAAUGAGUGAUAUGUUUGAUAAUAAACAUAGAGGUACAGCAAUUUCAAUUUUUGCGAUGGUGCUUUUCGGAGGUCCUGUAUGUAUAUUCUUCAAUUCAUUGGGUGUGGUUGAUAGUGUUGAAUGUAUCAAUAGUCAUUUGUAGCUUAUCAAAUGUUAUUUUUGGCUGCAUAAAAUAACCAUCGCUACCAAGUGACGCACACAAUAAUUUUCAUAAAUGAUGUUAAUAAAUACUAACUGUUAUCUAGAUGAUUGCUCCAAUUAUGGGAGGUUUUACAGUUAAAAAUUCAACAUUGGGAUGGAGAUGGACAGCUUAUUUUUGUGGUUUAAUAGGUGUACUUGCCUUUGUAAUGAAUUGUUUCCUUUUGGAAGAAACGCAUCAUCCAAUUGUUUUAAAGAAUAGAGCUGAAGAAUUAAGAAGAAGAACCAGAAAUUGGGGAAUUUAUGCACCACAUGAGGAAUUAACGUUAAGUAUCAAAGAGAUUGCUGAAAAGAAUCUUGUAAGACCAGUUAAGUUGUUAUUCACUGAACCAAUAUUGUUUCUUAUUUCAAUUUACAACAGUUUCAUAUAUGGAAUGUUAUAUUUAUUCUUAACUGCUGUCCCGUUGAUAUUUGGUGGAGUUUAUGGAUGGUCUUCAGGGGUUGCAGAAUUACCUUAUGUUUCAAUGUUGUUAGGUGUAUUCUGUGGUGGUCUAAUGAUUAUUUAUUUUGAAAAAAGAUAUAAUAGCACUAUGGAUGCUAAUAACGGUGUACCUGUACCUGAAGAAAGAUUACUACCAAUGAUGGUGGGAGGAUUCACAUUUCCAAUCGGAAUAUUCUGGCUUGGGUGGUUCGGAGCUUACGGCCAACACAUACAUUGGAUUUUACCUGUUAUCGGUUGUUUUAUUACUGGCCAUGGGUUGAUGAUGAUAUUUCUCCCGUCGUUUAACUAUAUCAUUGACUGUUAUUUACUUCACGCGGCCCUGGCUUUAGCUGGGAACACUUUGAUAAGAAGUGGUUUCGGUGGGGCUUUUCCUUUGUUUGCAAGGCAAAUGUUUGUUAAUCUUGAAAUUCAGUGGGCAAGUACAUUAUUAGGAUGUUUGGCUGUUUUACUUCUUCCAAUCCCGUUUUUAUUCUACAAAUUCGGUAAACGUUUAAGACAGAAGUCAACCUAUGCUUUUGAUUUAUAA